UUUUAGAAUCAUGAAAAAAUUUAACAAGAUUUACAAUAUAAUGGAAGCACUUAAUAUAAUAUUUGCUGUGUGUGCCAAUUGCUUGGGAUAUUUCCAAUUGACGAAGAUACCCAAUGCUACUCUUGAGUCAAAAAUCAUAAGUUGUUUUUUUUUGAUGGGAUUUUUGAUGCAAUUAUUUAUUGAUUGUUUCCUUGGAACUGUUUUAUAUCACCAGGCUAGUUUACUACCAGAAGCGAUAUUCAAGAGCAACUGGUUAAAAUUCAGUAAUGUCCAACUAAAGAAAGAUAUUGUCUUCGUACUUAUGCAUUCUCAAAGAAUUCCUCAAUUUAAUGUUUACAGUUUGUACGAUAUGAAUAUGAUAUCUUUUGCUAAGGUCCUCAAGGUAGCUUUCUCUUUAUACACCGUUCUUUCUGCAAUCGAUAGAAAAUGA